AUGGUUAUCAUGCUGGGAACUGUCGGCAUCUGCGUGAAGAGGAAAAGAUCCACCGCGCUUGACGAUCAACAUGAUUUUUCGGGGAAUGAGAUUAACGGGGUUACAUUCUCGGCGGCAAAAAAAAUGAAGGUGUCAGUAACCCAUAGCAAGAGACUUCGGGAAGUUGUUGAAGACGACAUUACUUUCACGGAAGAAGAUGCAGAUGGAUUGCUGCUACCACACAAUGAUCUAUUGGAUGUUUGGGCUAACAUCAUACAAUGGAGGGUAUUGGAGCAAGCCAAGCUCACUGGAAGUAUUAUUCCGGACACAAAACUCCUCGCCAGCUUCUACUUAGCAAGUGUGAUGACCCGAAGAGAAAUCCUUCUACCUACGAAUGCCGAAGGGGUGAUGAAGACGACCCUUUUUGAGGUGGUGGAUGGUGAUAUGGGCUACAAUAUUAUCUUUGGUAGACUGUGGUUGCACGAGAUGAAGUUUGUACCAUCGACAUAUCACCAGUUGCUGGAAUUCCCAACUCCCAAAGGAAUUAAACAAAUAAGAGGCGGCCAACUGACGGCAAGGGAGAUGAAUGCAAUCUCAGUCUCCAGUAGCAAAAGGAAGGAGCAUGCGACAUAG